AUGAAUGCGCCCAUGAUCGAAGUGGACGCGAGUGGCGUUCCGCUCGCCCCUCUGAGCAGCAAUAAGGCGAGCACCGAGAUUAGCGUGCCCACAGUUGGCAACAGUGUGCAGCCAGGGUCGAGGAAGAGCAUCACGAUCCCAAAGGAUAAAGUCAGGCUCGACGUUCUGCUCGUCACUGGGCAACGCCACUUUUUUGAUUUCGAGCCCAACGCGAGCGCAAAGGCGGUCCGCGAGCACAUCUGGAGCAACUGGCCUGAAGACUGGCCAUCCCGGGCGGCAGCUUCGUCGGCCUUCAAGGUCCUUCACCUUGGCCACAUUCUUGACGACAAGACGACAUUGUCAACAGCACCGGGCGCGGGGGACAAGGAAGCGGCCAAUUCGCGGCGGAUGAGCAUCGGGAAAACGACAGUGGUGCAUCUUCUCGUAAGGCAGCAGCCUUUGCAGGACGCUGGCGAUGGUGAUUCGAUCAAGAAGAGGAAGAAGAAAGGCGAUAGAGAAGCGACCGAAGAGGACGACGAAUUACAGGACGUACAAACGGGGUGUCGCUGCGUCAUCUGCUAG